UCUGUUAAUAAUGGAAUGGAAACUGGAGCGGUAUUCUCGUUACAGAAUUAAAUCUGAAGAAGCAAUGCUGUGGGGAAAUAUUAUGAAAAUACUCUCAGACGAUUUCAUGCGGAACAGAAAACAUCACCAACACAAGACAGGCAAGAUCUCUGACAGAGGAAAGGUAUCCUACACCAGAUUUAAAAGCCGAAUAGUGAGAAGACUGAGAUCUCAGCUCCCUGUUGCUAGUAGCCCCUUGGUCACAGGAUGGCAGCGGUCACUAAGCACCGAGUUUGAUAACGUCUGUCAGAAACUUGCUUUGGAUCAGUCAUCAACUUCUGAAAACACUUCUGACUCCGAACAGACAAUUGAGCCACUGGAGACAACCUUAACGCCUGAAGUGUCUCCUGUGAAACUUAAGGAAGAAAACAAUCAAGAAGCAGAGGCAUUGCUGCAUUCACCACAAAAGCUGCCCUCAUCAAGUACCGUCGCAGAAAUGGACAAGAAGGAGGACAGCUCACCCAAAGCAAACUUUGCAAGAAAAGAAGACAACAUAAUAUAUAUCGAAACUGAGAGGAACUCGCCCUACCUGUGUAUAGCUCCACAGAGUCCGCAUGAACUGCCUCUAAUUAAAUGUGCUGCUAUCAACUCCAGGGUGCGUCCUCCAGAACUUGUCAUGAAACUGAAUAUUACAGGACUAAAGGACGACUAUUACCUAAAUCUACUUGACUGGAAUGCACAAAACUCUAUUGCCAUUGCCUUGGACUCCUCAGUUUGUGUAUUUAGUGCCGAACAUUGCAGGCUGAUGUGUGAAAUUCACAUGAACUCAAACUCUAAAUAUGCUUCCUCGAUUGCUUGGAUUAAAGAUGGCAGCUGUCUUGCAGUUGGGACAAGUGAUGGUGAAGUUCAGCUAUGGGAUAUCGAAACAAGGAAAAGACUUCGAAACAUGUGUGGACACACGUCUGUUGUUGGGGCAUUAAGCUGGAAUAACCACAUCCUUAGCAGUGGCUCACGUUUAGGAUUCAUCCAUCACUAUGAUGUAAGAAUGGCUCAUCACCACAUAGGCUCUCUGCGUCACACCAAAAAUAUUUCUGGCCUCAAGUGGUCACCUGAUGGCUGCCGGCUUGCAAGUGGAUCCAGUGAUGGCAUUCUGAAUAUCUGGCCCAACAACCCAAACACAACAUUUCGCUGCUGCCCCUUGCAGUCAAUGGUCCACCCCACGGCUGUAAAGGCAAUGGACUGGUGCCCAUGGCAGUCUGAAAUAGUAGCUGUUGGUGGAGGGAUGACAGAUGGAGUUGUACGUGUAUGGGACACAAACAAUGGGAGCUGUCUUCGAUCUGCCGAGACCAAAUCACAGAUUUGCUCUUUACUAUGGCUAGCAUGCAGUAAAGAGAUUGUGACAGGACAUGGACUUCCAAAAAAUCAAAUUGUGAGGUGGGAUUUUCAUUCACUUACAAGAAAGGCCGAGAUAAAAGGUCACAAAGGUCGAGUGCUCAGCCUCGCACAAAGUCCCUGUGGGAGUCACAUUUUUUCAGCUGCAGCUGAUGGGACAGCUUGUAUGUGGAACAUCUCUGGGGAUUAAAGCAUUGGAGAAUCCAUAAAAUAUGGAUUUAAAACAAAGUAUUUACGGCUGAAGCUGACACCUCAAGUGAAAGUGCACAAUACAUGUACUUAACUGGCUAAAGCACUUUUUAUACCUUGUAGAAGACGAUUCUUUCUAUCUGUUUCUUUCUGUUUGUCUGCAUGAGUCUACUGGUGGAAUUGCAUUUUCAAUAAAGCAAAAAAGCACCGUCAGAAAUGACAGUAGAGACAAUGUGAUACUGGUGUGGAAGGGAUUUACACCACAGCCAGAAUGAAGAGCAUGGACUAUACCAGUGCAAUUCAAACUCGU